AUGACAAGCUCCGGCCUGUCGCUAGCAAAACGCCUAGUGCUUGUGAUCCCUGAGCCUGCCUCUGUCAUUGUUCAUUCCAAUGAUAUUCAGUACUACGAUCUUUUACAAAGAAUUAGCCCAAAUCUUUCCACCCCGGCUACAUUCGUUCACAGGGCGUGCGCAGCCCGCAAAAAUAUUUUUGCGAUGCCCUCUAUAUCUCUGGCGCUUGAUUUGGCUGUCUUGCUCAUCCUCAUUCCCCACGCGAUGUUUAUUUUAUCCAACGUGACAGACUUGGUACGGAUCCCGCCACACACAUUUGGUCGCCCCGUGAAGGAGUCCGUGACGACGGAGCUCAACAAGAAAUACGCCAACAAGAUCAUCAAUAACUUGGGGCUUGUGGUGACGAUAUGGGACUUGCUUGAGGUUGAUGACGGGUUGUUGAAGCCGGGUGACGGAGCCACUUUUAUAAACGUUCGGUUCCGCUGCGUUGUGUGGAAGCCAUUUGUGGGCGAGGUCUUGACUGGCUGGAUCGCUAACUGCACGCCCGAAGGGAUCAAGGUGAAGUUGGAGUUUUACGACGAGAUUUUCAUCCCUGCAAACUACUUGUUUGAGGGCUGUGAGUAUUCUCCCGAAGACCUGGCCUGGGUUUGGCGACCAGAUGCUGACACAAACUUGUAUCUCGAUGUGAAUGAAAAGAUCAGAUUCAGAGUGGAGGAGGAGAUAUUUGCAAACAUCAAGCCGAAGGGCCCGGCGGGGCUGGACGAGGAGGAGAAGAACGUGACCCCACCGUACGCGUUGCUAGCGAGCUGUCAGACCGACGGAAUGGGCUGUGUUUCAUGGUGGGAAUAAGUAAGUGUAUUGUAUAUUAAGGUCGAAUGGAUUGUGUAAAUGAACAUGACAAGUUAGCAAUAGGACAGGCCGAAAGAUAAAGAUUUGAUAGGGUGGGGUUGGUGAGGGUAAAACAGUAGAGUCAUAAUGAGGGCUUUGUUCUGAGCGAUAGAUUUUUUUUCUCUCUCUCGAUGAAACGUUUGAAGAGAGGCAUAUAUGAUUCCAAGAUUU